AUGACAGCCACUGUUUAUAUUGUUCUUUACUCUUUGUAUCAUCAUGUUUACAAAUUGGCAUUAGAAAUACAAAAAGGACUAGAAAAAUCAGGCGUAAAUGUAAAGGUUUUUCAAGUGGAAGAAACUUUAUCUGAUGAAAUAUUACAAAAGAUGCAUGCACCUAAACGUCCUGAUUUACCUAUUGUUACUGUGGAUAAUCUUACUGAACCAGAUGGUAUCAUUUUUGGUAUUCCCACUAGAUUUGGUACAAUGCCUGCUCAACUUAAGACACUCCUUGAUGCUACUGGAAAACUUUGGGCUACUGGAGCACUUGCAGGUAAAUUUGCAGGUACCUUCUUUAGUACAGCAUCACAACAUGGAGGUCAAGAAACUACUGCUUUGACACUUGUCACUUAUUUUACUCAUCAAGGAAUGAUUUAUGUUCCAUUUGGUUAUGCUAAUCCUCAUUUAUUCGAUAAUACAGAAGUGAUUGGUGGAAGUGCAUAUGGUGCAGGAGCAAUUACUAAUGGAGAUGGAUCUAGAGAUGUAUCUGAUAAAGAAAGAGAGAUUGCAAGAAAUCAAGGUGAAAACUUUGGUAAAGUUGUAUCUACUUUUGUUGCAGGGAAGAAUUAA